CGUGUCUGCAGCGCACCACGUGGAUAGUAUACAUGACACGUCGCUUCCUACUUCACUCUGUGCCGCCAGUAAACGUUUACGGUAUUCAGUGGUAGAGGGAUUGGUUAUUGCUGUGUGGCUUCCCAGAGCAGUCUUACUUUUUGUCUUCGUGAAUGUUUAAAAAAUUAAAUUGAAGUUCCUUGUUUAUUGAAGACUUAGGGGUAAUAACAAAUUAUUGUAACACUAGCCUUUCUUGACUGAUCGAAUUUUAUUCAUAUAUUAAAAGCAAAGCAACAGAGAAUACAAUGCCUCCUGCGCCUAGUUCUACCUCCGUUGGAGCCGCUGGUCGUUCGCCGAGUAAAGCUAUAGCACCUAGAACAGGUGGUAGUGGCACUGUUAGGCAAAGGAAAACCACAACAACUGCGUCAACCAGGAGUAGAAAUCCAGGUGCUGGUUCCGGUGGUAUGUGGAGGUUUUACACAGAUGAUUCACCUGGCAUCAAAGUGGGACCUGUGCCUGUGCUUGUGAUGUCCCUCCUCUUCAUCGCGUCUGUGUUCAUGCUUCAUAUUUGGGGAAAGUACACGCGAUCUUAAACUAAAAAAUAGACUUUAAUUUAUAAGAUUAUAAGUGAAAUAAAUAUAAAGAAAUGUGUGGUAUAAGUAGAGAAACCUAUUGAGAUUUAAGUUUCUACCUAUAAAGAGAAUCGAUGUGACUUUAAAAGCAUUCUGUCUUUUUAAUGUGAAUUCUUAUAAUUUAUUCAAAGCAAUUUUGAACGCUGUUCGUCAUAAACUUCCAUGCAAUGGAUCUCAUGCAACUUGAACUUUCAUCAAGAAGUUCAGACUUCAAUGUGCAAUCAUGAACAACAUGACUGCUAUUUACUUUGCGUUCAACUGAAUUUUGUAACAUUUGUAAGGAGGGAUCUAAGAAAUAAUUCUAUUUCUGUAUAAUAUACGAUCAAUAUAAGACCUACUCGUUAUUGUUUAUAAUGUUACUAUUGAUAA